AUGACCCUCGCUGUCGACCUCAUUAACCCAUCGCACGAGCAGCAGCAGAACUGCCACAAGCUCAAGCGUCUGGUUCAGAGCCCCAACUCGUUCUUCAUGGACGUCAAGUGCCCUGGCUGCUUCGCCAUUACAACCGUGUUCUCGCACGCCCAAUCGGUCGUCCUCUGCGGCAGCUGCGCUCAAGUACUUAGCCAGCCGACCGGUGGUAAGGCCCGUCUUGCUGUCGGCUGCUCGUUCCGUCGCAAGGCGUAA